UUCACCAACUACCAGGGCCCUUCUCCUCUAGCACCGCAGUCAGUCCCCGAUGGCCAUUCUACUCACCAUCAUCCUGAUUCUGCCCAGGCCCUGGCUUCCCAGAAACCCACUUGCAGUCUACAGGCUAUGUACAUGGCCUCCCCCAGAGAUCGCUGUGCCAGCCUAGGGCUCGCACGCUCCCCACCCACAGCACCAGGCCAGGUGGUGUCUCUCACUUGUCUAUGCCUCCCUGGCUCACAGUCUGUCUCUUGUGUAUCACUCAGACAGCUGAGCCCAAAGGGAACUAGAGAGCUCCCUCAGAUUCACACAUUGGACUAAAUCAAAACACCAUCGAGGAGGAACAGAAGAGAAGCCUGAGACUAAGGACCAAGCAACAAAACUCAAAACUUGGGCAUCCCUUGGGUCCCUCAUACACCCCAGUGUCAUCUAUAGGGGUCGCCCCUAGGGUUCUUGUGAGGGAUUUAAGUGCCCCCUGCAUCUGUGCUGUGGCUGAGGUGCAGCUUGGCUGUUGUCCACACAGGCAUUUUGGGGAGAUUGGAUCUUGCUACUUCAGGGCCCCAGGCCCUGAGCCAGGCUGCAGAAGGGCAGAGGGGCAAUAAGUACAGCCUGGGGGAGCAGAGCUGAGCAUGUUUCCCUUGGAGGACUCAGUCAAGGUGAGGACCUCGCUCCAAUCAGACUCCAAGGAUGUGAUUCCCUCUGAGCCUUAGACAAAGCUAUGGGCAGAUAAUACGGGAGAACAAGGGUCGGCAGAGAGGGGGAGGACAGAGCUUGGGGAGAACAAGUAUCAGGGAGAAGGGACCGGAGGUAUUUCUGGAUCUCACAGAUACAGGAAAAACGCAUUACAGGAACACUCAAAAUUACUUCCUUGCUUCCUAUCCCAUACACAGAGAACUUUGCCCACUGAAGUCAGACUUAACUAGGGUUCCAUGAGCCAGUAAGCACUUGGCCUAUUACCCAGGCUGGGGGCAGGAGGAAAGUUGAGAUUCCCCAAAGAGGCGGCCCAGGAGGCCCCCAAGGAGGUGGUCCACCAGAGUUGCUCCCAGUCUGCACCAUCCUCACUGGCAAUGCCAAGACAGAUAGCUCAAUCUCUCUCUCCUCUAAGGCCCGGGGAAGUCCAGGGUCACCAUCAUCUGAAGUCACUUUCCAAAAAGGACCAUGUCAUCAUCUAUUCCAGGACUGAAGAGGGGAUGGCUAUGGCCACAGCUCCAAAGCGAGCCUGGCCCCCAUGGCCCCCUCUCCUGUUCCUGCUCCUCCUACCUGGAGGGAGCUGUGGCGGGUGCCCUGCUGUCUGUGACUGCACCUCCCAGCCCCAGGCAGUGCUCUGUGCCCAUCGGCGACUGGAGGCUGUGCCUGGGGGACUCCCACUGGACACUGAGCUCCUAGACCUGAGUGGGAAUCGCCUGUGGGGGCUUCAGCGGGGCAUGCUUUCCCGCCUGGGCCUGCUUCGGGAGCUGGACCUCAGCUACAACCAGCUGUCCACCCUGGAGCCUGGAGCCUUCCACGGCCUCCAAAGCCUACUCACCCUGAGGCUGCAGGGCAAUCGGCUGCGAAUCAUGGGGCCUGGGGUCUUCUCGGGCCUGUCUGCCCUCAGGCUGCUGGACCUCCGCCUCAACCAGAUUGUCCUGUUCCUUGACGGAGCAUUUGGGGAGCUGGGCAGCCUCCAGCAGCUGGAGGUGGGGGACAACCACCUGGUGUUUGUGGCUCCAGGGGCCUUUGCAGGGCUGGCCAAGCUGAGCACCUUCACGCUGGAGCGCUGCAACCUCAGCACAGUGCCUGGCCUGGCCCUGGCCCGCCUCCCGGCACUGGUGGCCCUAAGGCUUCGAGAACUGGAUAUCGGGAGGCUGCCAGCUGGGGCACUCCGGGGGCUGGGGCAGCUAAAGGAGCUGGAGAUCCACCACUGGCCAUCUCUGGAGGCUCUGGAGCCUGGGAGCCUGGUUGGGCUCAAUCUCAGCAGCCUGGCCAUCACCCGCUGCAAUCUGAGCUCGGUGCCCUUCCAGGCGCUCCGCCACCUGAGGUUCCUCAGGGUCCUGGAUCUGUCUCAGAACCCCAUCUCAGCCAUCCCAGCCCGAAGGCUCAGUCCUCUGGUGCGGCUCCAGGAGCUGCGACUGUCAGGCGCAGGCCUCACCUCCAUCGCCGCCCACGCCUUCCACGGCCUGACAGCUUUCCACCUCCUAGACGUGGCAGACAAUGCCCUGCAGACUCUAGAGGAAACGGCAUUUCCUUCUCCGGACAAACUCGUCACCCUGAGGCUGUCUGGCAACCCCCUGACCUGUGACUGCCGCCUUCUCUGGCUGUUCCAGCGCCGUGGCCACCUGGACUUCGGCUCAUCGCCCCCCGCCUGUGCCGGCCCCCGGCCCGUGCAGGGCAAGAGCCUGAAGGAGUUUUCAGACAUCCUACCUCCUGGGCACUUCACUUGCCAGCCGGCCCUGAUCCGGAAGUCUGGGCCGCGGUGGGUCAUUGCAGAGCAGGGGGGGCAUGCUGUUUUCUCCUGCUCUGGAGACGGGGACCCAGCCCCGACUGUCUCCUGGAUGAGGCCUCAGGGGGCUUGGCUGGGAAGGGCUGGGAGAGUGAGGGUCCUAGAGGAUGGGACGCUGGAGAUCCGCUCAGUGCAGCUACAGGACAGAGGGGCCUAUGUCUGUGUGGUCAGCAAUGUUGCUGGGAAUGACUCCCUGAGGACCUGGCUAGAAGUAAUCCAAGUUGAACCACCAAACGGCACUCUCUCUGACCCCAAUAUCACCAUGCCAGGGAUCCCAGGGCCCUUCUUCCUGGACAGCAGAGGUGUUGCUAUGGUGCUGGCAGUUGGCUUCCUCCCCUUCCUCACCUCAGUGACCCUCUGCUUUGGCCUCAUUGCCCUCUGGAGCAAGGGCAAAGGCCGGGUCAAACAUCACAUGACCUUUGACUUUGUGGCACCUCGGCCCUCUGGGGAUAAGAACUCUGGGGGUAACCGGGUCACUGCCAAGCUCUUCUGACCUUUACUUCCAUGUUGGAAUUCCAGCCAAGCCAGCUUCAGAUACCAAAAGAGAAGAAAGAAAACCAAGGCUGCUUGGACCAGAACCUAGUUCCACACCUGCCCGCAUCGUGCCAGCAGCUAAUGAUGCCUCCCGAUGGUCUGCCUCCCCCUGCUUUUCAGUUUGAGGGUCCCAGGGGGCAGGAGAUGUACAUCCAUAGUCAGCCCAGCCCUAUCCACCCAUCCCCCUGACACAAAGAAGGAAACAGCCCCAAGACUCCAGUCUACUUGUUCGCACACACACCCUUUAACAAUCACUACCGACUGCCAACCACAGUUAUAAGAUUAUUGCAGAGGUGGGGCACCUGGGUGGCUCAGUCAUUAAGCGUCUGCCCAGGGUCCUGGG